AAAAUUCGUUAACUUUAGAAUUUAGGAUUUCUGAAUUGGUUGCGUAUUUGAAAUGAGAUUGGGUUCAGAAGUCAGAAAAUGGGGGUACCUUCAAAGCAGAAGAGAAAUGCUCGUGACAGUGACAGUGAGUUUGAGGAUGAUGAUGAUUUAAACAGUGACGAGCUAAUGAUGGAGCGGGAAGAGGAUGACUUUGAUGAUGAUCAGGAGGGGGAAGAAGAAUCAGAAGAUGAAGAUGAAGAAGAAUCAGAAGAUGAAGAGGAUGAAGAAGAAGAGGAGGGGGAGGAGGAAGAGGAAAAUGGUGACGGGCAAGAUGAUAAUAAAGAUGCUGAGAUAGAAGAACUUGAGAAAGAAUACAAGAGUCUUCGUGAUCAGGAGCAAGAUAUUUUAAAGAAUCUAAAGCGUCACAAGGAUGAAGAUCUUCUUAAAGGUCAAGCAGUGAAGAACCAAAGGGCUCUUUGGGACAAGACUCUUGAGUUCCGAUUCUUGCUUCAGAAAGCGUUCUCAAGUUCAAAUAGAUUACCACAGGAGCCAGUUAGGUCUUUAUUUUGUGAUUCACAUGAGGGUGUCAAUGCAGCAUAUUCAGAUCUAGUUAACGCAUCAAAAAGAACUUUGGAUUCUCUAGUGGAACUAGAAGAGGCUUUACUUGAAAAGAACCCAUCCAUUGUUCAAGCAACAGAUAGUAAAUCUGCACGGUCAAAGGAUUCAGAAUCAUCUAAUAAUGCUGAUGGUGAUGAGGACUGGUCACGGAUUUCUCAGUUGCUUUCAAGCAUAGCUACUUUUAGAAACAAAUCAAUAGACAAAUGGCAGAGGAAGACACAAGUGACCACAGGUGCUGCUGCUAUUAAAAGCAAGCUGCAUGCUUUUAAUCAGAAUAUCAGUGAACAAGUUGCUUCUUAUAUGAGAGAUCCAAGCAGAAUGGUUAAGCUGAUGCAGAUGAGGAGAUCAGCAAUUGGUGUAUUUGGCACCAUGGAUGGGCAGGUUCCUGGCAGGGAGAACACUCCAAAGGGAGAGGAGACACAAUGUGAUGCUGGUGCACAAGCUGAUGGCGACCCUGAACUUUUGGAUGACUCCGAAUUUUACCAGCAAUUAUUGAAAGAAUUUUUUGAGACAAUUGACCCAGCAUCUUCUGAGACAGCCUUUUAUUCUCUGAAAAAGUUGCAGACUAAGAAGAGGAAGAUUGUGGAUAGACGAGCCUCUAAGAGUCGUAAGAUAAGGUAUAAUGUUCACGAGAAGAUCGUAAAUUUCAUGGCUCCAGAGCCUAUGACCCUUCCAACUAUGGUUCCUGACCUCAAUAAUUUGUUUGGGUUGAAGAACCAGAAACGAGCUUCUGUAGUAUAGUUGUGAUGCAUGGCUGGGGCGGCUGUAUUGGCCUUUGGGUUUAGGCUCUGAAAUUUUGUCUGUUGUUGUUUAAUUGAUUUGGUAUAAUGUAAUAUAUAUGUUGUCCUGUUAUUUCUGAAAGUGAAUGUUCUUGAUUAAACAUAUGUACUGAGAUUAGCUUGAAAUUUUGGUUCUUGAUAACUA